CAUUGGGGUUUGUGUGUGGGUAAGUGAUCUUUAAACGAAAUCAUGUCUUGCGUUCAGAAAAUUAUGCAGCCAGUAGAAAUGAAGAUAAGUGCCAACAAAUACUAUUAUUUCGUCAAAAACAAUGUUUAUCAUUUUCCUAAUGUUACUUCAAUCAUUCAAGACGUAGCAGUUGAUGAAGGUGAUUGGGACAGUUGUAGUCAUGACUCCAUAAAAGUAUGGAAUUACACCAUCGAUAGCAAAGCUGAGGUUUUGAAAGAACAACCGCAAUUCGAUGAUGAAAAGCUUAAAAUAAGUUUCACUGCGAUUGGAGGAGAUGUGUUAGAGAAAUAUAAAAGCUUCAAGAUCACUCAUCAUCCCGUACCCAAGGGUCCUGAACAAUGUGUGGUUUACAUAACUAUAGAAUAUGAAAAAUAUGAUCCUACCACACCCGAUCCAUACAAUUACAUUCAAUUAAUUGCUAAAUUAAUAAAGGAUGCGGGCGACCAUCUUAUUCAUCAUUAGUACAAAUUAAAUCGUUUAGUUAAGUUUAUGGCUUUUGGUAUCAAAAUAAAACCACUCUCUCAUCCUUCUGUAGAAUAUGUGUAUAUAUAGAUGGAGGGGCUCCAUUGUUAUGUUUGCCUUCUUCUUUUUCUAUUUCUCUACAUGGCCAUUUCUGGUCUUUCACACACAUAUAUAUAAUAAAACAUAUAUAACAAUGUGAAUA